GCAAUAGUUUGUCAAAUCCCAAUUCCAAUUCGACAAAACUCCCUUUUUAAUACAGGAUUUUAUCAGUGGGUGUGGUGUGUAUAUAUAUCUAUUAUUCUAUAUAUAUCAAAUUCAUUUAUUGAUAGAGAUUGGAAUGUCAAUAAAGAAAAGUCAUUAAUGGAAAUGGAGUAAUCCUCUCUGCCUCUCUCAACAGAUACACACACUUUCUAUCUCUAUCUUUGGUCUACUUUCUUGUCCGGCCAUUCUUCAAUAAUCAAUUCAAUCCCUUUUUUAAGAAGCAGCAGCAGAAGAUUCUUGGUCUGAAAUUGAAAGGAGUUUCCGUUUCUGCAGUCCGUUGUGAUCAGCGAUGGUGGGAUGGCUACAGAUAACCCUGAUCGCCGUUUCUGCAGGCGCUGUUUCCGUCGUUCUGAUUCUCGCCUGCAAGCGAUGCUGCUCUAUCCACAAAACCCUAGAAUCUCCCGACCUAGAGAUCGGAAGAGAAAGGGACCUCAAUCGCCAUCGCCAUGGCUUGCAGAGCGGGAUUGCCAGGCUGCACCAGGUCAGCCCCCACCACCAACACCAUCUUGCCAUGGCGGCUGCUGCACCAUCCAUCAAACCCUACAAUAAUAAUUACCAUCUUUUCCAACGUCGGUCUUCCUCCUUCAGUUGGGCCGAUCAUCCUUCUCUCGUCACCGACGCCGUCGAGAAUGGCUGGUCGCGUUUCGCCUUCACCGAUUUCGCCUCUUCGUCUUCCUCCUCGGUUAAGUCCGCCCGCCUGCUUCUCGGCGCCUGCGCCGAUUCCGGCGGCGAACCCAGUCUGGAAAUCGGGUGGGAAGUCUCAGAAGGUUCCGCCGAUUUUCUGCAGAAAAUUAGGCUAAACCCUAAUUCCAAGAAAAUUGGGGCAACCAUGUCGGUAAUCAGAGCUGCUCUGCCUCUUCCUGGCCCCAAUUUGGGGAACAAUUCUUUUCCACAGGAAGCCUAUUUCGAAGUCACAAUUUUAUCCUGCAAUGGAAUGAAUUCCGCCGGCGCCGACCCUUUAUCCGCCAGGAGAUGGAGGUCGGAAGGGGAUAAAAUCAAGCUCAUCGGAGAAGAAUCCGACACCAGAAAAACCCCAAAUCGAGUUGCCAGCAGCCAUAGCCAGAACAACAGGGGCAAGAGUAAAAACGACGCCGUUUCCCUCUCCGUCGGGCUGACCGGCGGCGGCCCUCUUCCGUCAAAAGCUCCGGGGACAUAUCCAGGAUCAGUCGCCUUCAAUUCAUCAGGCUCAGUUCACUUAGACGGGACGAUCCAUGCAUUCCAUACCGACUCCGACGACGACUGGGGAAGGCCGGACAAAGUGAUCGGCUGCGGCUACAAUCCAGGCCAAAAGAUUGUAUUCUUCACGGUCGAUUCCCAGCUCGUGCACGAGAUCAAUUGCAAGACCGAGUUCUUCGGCGCCCCACUAUAUCCAACAAUAUCAUCCAAUGCCGAAACCAUGGUGUUAGUGAAUCUUGGGCAGAGCCCUUUCAAAUAUGCACUCGCCAAUACGCAGAGGACUCCCAACCCCUGUUUUGUCGGGCCUCCGGCGACUUCGCCGGUGCUGGGGUUUGAGGAUAGCCGGGAGCUUUUCUCCAUGGGAAGAAUCGAUUCGCAGUGGCAACUGCAGCGCAAUGCGACGAGGAGUAACACCGCGACGGUGAAUAGCAUCAAGAGUGUGGAGUAUGAUCAGGAGUCUGAGGGUGAACUGUUUGAGAUUGUCCUGGAGAAUUACAAUGGAAGAUCUUCAUCUCCAUCUCCAUAUGGUGCUGCAAUGAAUCAGUAUCAGUAGCAGUUGUUGUGUUAAUGAUAUGAGCUUUGAUUGUUGCAGAAUUUUUUGGUGUUUGUUAGGAAGGACUUUUGGUGAAUCCAAUCCAUUGAUGUAUAGAGAUUCUUGCACAGGGAAAUACAAAAGAUUUUUUUUUU